AUGAAGAGCGAAGAAAUCCACCGUCAUCUUCCCGAAGAAAUCAUCAUAGAAAUUUUUUCGAAACUCCCGCUAAAAUCCGUGUUGAGAUUCAAGUGCGUUUGUAGAUCAUGGCUUUCUUUAAUCUCCACCGACCACUUCAUCGUAACUUACCUCCGAAAUUCGGCAAACGACGACGAUGCUUUCGAUCUCUCCACUAAAAUCAUUACAACCCCUUCGAAAUCUAGUCGGGCAGUUAUAAAGGCGUGUUCUUUGCGCUCGUUGAUUACCGAACCUUCUACUCGUGUGUUUUCUCUUGAUUUUCCGACGGAUAAUUCUAGAGAUUUAUUCAUUGUUGGUUCUUGCAGAGGUUUGAUCUGCAUUGUCAUGGUUGAUAAAUAUCGGUUUUUCUUGUGGAACCCUAAGACGAGGGAGCGUAAGGAGUUGCCCGAUUUCUUCGCCGGAGUGAAUCAUAGGAACCGAAAUUGCGGGUUUAUUGCUAGACAUGGGUUCGGCUUUGAUGAAAGUAGCGGCGAUUAUAAGAUUUACGUUGUUUAUUGUUUGAGAUACCGUCCGCUUGUAUCCGUUGCGAGGCUGUAUAGUUUAAAAGCCGAUUCUUGGGGAGAAGUUGUGUCCGUCACAGAUGGAUCUUUGUUCGAUCCGGGGAGGUUUGUGAGUGGGAAACUUCAUUGGAGAAGCGAUUACGAAACGGGAUCGGAUUGGAUUGUUUCUUUCGAUUUGAAGAGCGAGACUUUCGGAACUAUCGAAAAACCUAAUUGUUUGAAGGAUUACGUUAUGUCUGGAUUGGGAGUUCUCAAAGGACGUCUUUGUGCGUAUUUCGACUAUCCUGAAAAUAUUGCUACUAUUGGGUUCGAUAUCUGGAUUUGGAACGAGUACGGGGUGGAAGAUUCUUGGUCAAGAUUGUUGACUAUUUCGUAUUUGUCCGUUUCUUGGAGGCCGAAACUUUGGGCGUCGUAUGGUCCCAUAACCCCGGUGUUUGUUUUGCCAAACGAAGAGGUUUUGUUUACUUACUCUUCGGAUUUUUAUACGUACAAUCCAAAAGAUAAUUGGGUUAGGAAACUGGACACGGUUGACUUUGACCUAGACGGUAUUCGUCAUGCGCAUGUCUACACAGAAAGUUUAGUCUCGCUUGUACCCUGA